AGCUCUUCCUGACUGAGGCAGGCACGUCCUGAAAGCUCUCACUUCUUGAUGCGAAAGGAAGACAGAAACAAGGUCUUGUGUGGAUUUUGUGUCUCAAAAUGCGCUGACGCCGCUGCUGAGUGGCUGCCGUGCAGAAAUGAGAGGGCGGCCAGCUGUGUGCUGGGGAUAAUGUGUGGACCUGAAGCAGACGUGUGCGGUUCCUCUGACAGGGAAACUUGCUCCUCGGUGGUUUUGAUUUGACUCAAGAUGCAUCUGUUUCGGACUCAUAAUUAUCAAGUGUUCCCUCAUCGCUACUCGGUGGAGAAACCGAGCAUACGGGGCAUCAGCUGGACUCCACUGCCAGAGGCCCUGGAUCCAAAGAACACUAUGAAGCAGUUUCUUUCAGAUCGUGUUGUAAAGGCUGCCAGGUCGGUGUACAGUGUUAUGAUUGAGAAGAACCCCGGCUUGAUCCGAGACAGGAAGCAUCACCUGAAAACACACAGGCAUUGUUGCUCUGGGAAGGAGUUAGUUGACUGGCUGAUGAAACAGAGCGAGUGCCUCCAGUCAAGAAGUCAGGCUGUUGGAAUGUGGCAGGUCUUGGUGGAUGAGGGAAUCCUUGUUCAUGUGAAACAGGAUUUGAACUUCCUUGACAAAGACACACAGUUCUACCGUUUCCAGGAAUCAGAGCUUGGCUUGAACCAUGUCGUCAACGAGAAGGACUUGGAGGACGAGCUACAUGAAGCGCUGUCCCUGCUGUCUCAGCUGGGCCCGGAUGCUCUGCUCACCAUGAUUCUUCGCAAAAGUCCCAGUCAGAGGAGCGCUGAGGAUAUUGAGGUCAUCUAUGAGGAACUGCUCCACGUGAAGGCUGCUGCUCAUCUUUCCUCAUCAGUACGAAAGGAGCUGGCUGCAGUGCUGGUGUUUGAAUCCCACGUUAAGUCAGGAACAGUUUUAUUCAGUCAAGGAGAUAAAGGAACUUCCUGGUACAUCAUCUGGAAAGGCUCUGUGAACGUGAUCACACAUGGAAAGGGCAUUGUAACCACCCUGCAUGAAGGGGAGGACUUUGGGCAGCUAGCUUUACUGAAUGAUGCGCCACGUGCCGCCACUAUCAUCCUCAGAGAGGACAACUGCCACUUCCUCCGGGUCGAUAAACAGGAUUUCAUUCGGAUCCUCAAGGAUGUGGAGGCUAACACAGUGCGACUGGAGGAGCAUGGGAAAACUGUCCUGGUGCUGGAACAGAGUGCAGACAGCAAUGCACAAGGGGGGGCUGCUGCCAACAGCAAAUACACAGUUAUGUCAGGAACACCUGAGAAAAUACUGGAACAUCUACUGGACACGUUGAAGCUGGAUACUAAUGGAAAUGAUCCCAUAGAUCCCUGCGUGAGCGACUUCCUGCUCACACAUAAAGUCUUCAUGCCAUCCAGUCAGCUGUGCUCUGCUUUGCAGCAUCAUUACCAGGCAGAGUUGACUGAAGGCUCAGAGCAGGAGAAGACUGCAUACAUCUUCAACACCAAACAGAAGGUAGUGAAGCUGAUUGUCCAGUGGGUGGCACUGUUUGGCCUUCUACUGAAAGAAGACCCAGAUGUCUUGGACUUUCUGGAGAGACUGAAGACGGAGGUUGCAGCUGAUCACCGUUUGUCCAAUAUCUUGAGGGAACAGUUUAGAGAAAGAAGAAGAACAAAAAUGUUGGAGAAUGGUUAUCAGUCACUGAGCAAGAAUCAGCCUUUUGAUUGGUUUUCAAGUUGUGAGGAGCCAGCUGGGAGGCUACAGCCAAUCAAAGCACAGGAUAAGGUGUUGUAUGAGAUCUUCAAGCCAGACAGCAAACCCCUCUCCUUGAUGCUCCCAGUAAACUCUGCAGUUCAUGAGGUGAUGUCCGCAAUAGGCAAAGCAGAUGGAGAUCAUGUUCUUCUCAAAAUUAACUCCAGUGGAGAUAGAGCCCAGUUAAAGCUGGAUGCCACUGCGGUGUACACCGCUCUGGGUCUCAAUGAGAGACUCUUCAUCUGCACCAGCAGUGAAGUGGAACAGCUGCAGCCCCUGAAAGAGCAGCAGGGCCCAGAGCAGGGAACGACUGACCUCAUUGAGCAGAUGAGCUCCAAAGAUAUUGCCACAGAACUGACUAACUAUGACUGGGAACUUUUUACUGCCAUGCAUGAGGUGGAGCUCAUCUACUACAUAUUUGGUCGACACAAAUUCCCAGGUGCCACCACGGCUAACUUGGAGCGGUUUGUGCGCCACUUUAACGUGGUCCAGUACUGGGUUGUGACUGAGCUGUGCCUCUGCGAGGAUCUGGUGAAACGAGCCAUUCUGUUAAAGAAGUUCAUCAAGAUCGCCUCAGUGUUAAAGGAGCAAAGGAAUCUCAACUCAUUUUUUGCUGUGAUGUUUGGUCUGAGCAACAGUGCUGUGCAGAGGCUUUAUAAGACCUGGGAGCGAAUACCGAGCAAAACUAAAAGAAUCUACUGCGCCUAUGAGAGACUGAUGGAUCCCUCACGGAACCACAGGGCCUACAGACUAGCAGUGGCCAAACUCAAUCCUCCUUACAUUCCCUUUAUGCCUCUGCUCCUGAAAGACAUGACAUUCAUCCACGAGGGCAACCCAAAUUAUGUUGACAAACUGGUGAAUUUUGAAAAAAUGCGAAUGCUUGCCAAGACAGUUAAAAUUGUACUAGAAUGCAGGAGCCAGCCUUACGUGCCUUCAUCACCACAGAGGGGUCUGGCUGACCGGAUGUUUCUGGAUGGUCCUGCUGCUCGAUUAUCCACCUAUUCUGACCAUGCCCUCCCGCUGCGCACUCUAAGCAACAUCAGGCAUUACAUUCAAAACCUGAAGGUGAUCGACAACCAGCGGAGGCUGACGCAGUUAUCCAGGACCAUCGAAUGCUAGGACACCUGCCUCUGAUUUACAAAGACUGGAAGUUUUCACCUCAAUCAGAAGAGGAAACUGGACCAAAAGGAUUAAUAAAACUUUAACAAAUCAAAGGGCGGAUCUUUUUGCGCAGCACAGAGUGAAAAUGUGCAGAAUGCACGGUAAUGACCUCAGUGCUAAACCACAGGACAGCUGAGAAUGUUUUCUACCAACACGCCUUACAUAAGCCCAAAAAGGCAAUGUAACACCAUGUAGUGUGCUGCUCUGUAUCUGCUGUAAAUGUUUUUAUUUUUUUAUACUCCACAUAUCCUGUGGAAGAAUCCAGCUGACUGCCACAUAACACACGCUACACAUCUGUACCACAAAUAUUAACUUUGGAUGUCCUGAGCACUUAAAUAUAUUGUUAUAUACAUUUUGUCAACAAGGCCACAAACAGACAUGCAGAGUUUCAUAUGAUGUUUUUAUAAAUAAAUUAUUUUCCAAUUUAUACAUACUCAAUGAAGACAAGAAAAAGUUAAAAGGGAGAUUUUUUUUUAUUAUUUUUUUAAAGAACAAACAAAUGCAGGUUAAAAGCGUCCACCUGGCACACAAAAAAAAGUCUCCCCAAUAUGGGGUGAGAAAUUUCUCAACCAAUCAAUCAAAACUCUCCUUGUCACAAAUAUGUACAACUUCUUUUAAAAAGUCCUGGAGAGAGAAAGUGGAUGAAGACAUAAAAAAAA